CAAACCCUUGUCGCUCGAGGCACGGGGAGUCCACACACGUACACUCACACAAUCCCACGGUGGUUGGUGCAUCUGUACUCCGUACACCACUGCCCAUGGACCCCUCCUUCGCUGAGGGCGGCCCGCGCCGGGUGCCCGAGCAUGUUCCCUUGAUGAUGGAUGGCCUAGACUCUUGGUCGUCGAAGGGCUCCUGGCGUCUUUUCGGGGCUUUUUGCAUAAGGGCAGGUGGUCUGGGUUGGAUCGACAGUCAUCGUUGGCCUGGCGUCUGGCUCGUCAUGUUCACGCGGAAGCUCCUUUUUCCAACCGAGUCGAACAAGAUGAUAGUCAGAUCACGAUAUCGAUCACUACAAAGCCAGUCGUAUAUUCAAAUGUUUUCCAUUCAAUUCAGAUAUCUACCCACUGUAGAAUCUGUUUUCAAUAUCUCAUUCCGCGAGAUGCAAUGCCGCGCUCAAAUACACACCUGUCAUAUUUUGUUUCCAGGCAAUUACAAUGAAAAGAAAAUCCAAACCGUUCCAGUGCGAACGCCACCUUUUGGGGCGUAUAUGAUUUUUCCGUGCCUUGAAUGCUCCUGACGCAAAUCGCUGAACCAAUUUAUCGUCCCUUGCUGAACCAUGCGGCAAGGGACCAUGACUAUGGAGAUGUUGG